AUGAGCGUACAGCUAGAGAUAUGCGUCGAAACGGUGGCCUCCGCAAUCGCCGCUCAUAAAGGUGGCGCCCAUCGAGUGGAGCUGUGCUCAAGUCUGGUGGAAGGAGGGGUCACUCCCAGUAUAGGCUUGGUGAUGGCUGUUGUACAGGCAACUCCCAUUCCUGUGCAUGUGCUAAUUCGACCUCGGGCGGGCGAUUUUGUCUUUAGUGAAGACGAGAUGAAGGCCAUGGAGUGUGACAUUAUCGAGUGUGCUAAAGCCGGGGCAGCUGGGGUGGUGGUGGGCGCUUUGACUCCUUCAGGCGACAUUGACGAACCCAAGCUCCACCGUUUCCUCGCAAGUGCGGCCCACCAUUCACUGCCAGUCACCUUCCACAGAGCCUUUGACCACACGAGAGACCCCAUGGGUGCACUGCAGACCCUAUGGGUGCAUUGCAUUCAAUGCAAGUCAAGGCAAGCCACCCUCCACCGGGCCUUUGACCACUCAAGAGACCCCAUGGGUGCGCUGCAGGUGAGCUCCCUGUCAGCCCACUCUCUGACCCGUCUCCCCUCUAUCACAUGUGUCGCCCGCCGUUCACUGCAAGCCAUCUUCCACCGAGCCUUUGACCACACGAAAGACCCCAUAGGUGCUCUGCAGGUUCUUAUAUCGAAUGGAGUGACGAGGCUGCUGAUGUCAGGGCAGCGGGCGACAGCAGAGGAGGGAGUGAAGCUGAUAGAGAGGCUGGUGGGGGAAGCAAGAGGAGGGCAUUGGGCUGAUAGGGGGGCUGGUCCUUAUAUCGAAUGGAGUGACGAGGCUGCUGACGUCAGGGCAGCAAGGAACAGCAGAGGAGGGCAUUGUGCUGAUAAGGAGUUUGGUGGCGGAAGCAAGAGGAAGGAUCCAAGGCAUGGUUGGAGAGAAUGCAGCAAGUAUUGUUAUGCAAUCAGGUGUAUCACACAUCCAUGCAUCGGCACGAUCGCUGGCACCGCAAACAGAGAAGAUACACUUGAAUCAUCUCUGCCCGUUUCGAGCAAUAAGUAUGCCUUCUGA